AUGUUUCGCCGCGCCAAUAAUUCAAAUUGGCUUCGACAGCUACGGGUCGGCCGUCCAACCCCCUUCUUCACACCCGGACUCCGGCACGAAUCCUCACAAGCUUCUCGGAUCGACCGUAUCACGGCGCGGCUGCCUCGACGGCUGCAGAAAUACACCAAUGGUCUUCGAAAUGCUCCAGUAUCGCACGUCGUGUCGUUUAUGAUUCUUCAUGAGCUCACCGCUAUCGUGCCACUGUUUGCCCUGUUCGCACUCUUUCACUACACAACUUUUGUACCUGUGGCGUACAUGACAUCGCACUUUGGGGACUACGUUCAGUCUGGCAUUUCGCGAUUUGAGAGAUAUUUCAGUCGCAAGGGGUGGUUUGGGUUUGGACCCGAAGAUGCAGAAAAGGAUAAGGCAGACGAUGCAGUCGGCAAGUGGGAGAGCGGGGAGCAAAAGUACAAGAUUCUGGUCGAGGUGGCAUUGGCUUAUGCAGUUACCAAAGCCCUUCUGCCAAUUCGCAUUAUAGGCAGCGUCUGGGCAACACCAUGGUUUGCAGGUGUGCUACUACGGAUGAGAAGGGUUUUCACUCGUAAAUCGUGA